UUCUGUGUAGUAACCGGAUUCGCUUUUUGAAGAUCGCCACUCGAACGUGCAAAAUAAUACAUUAGAGUUAAUUUACUCUUCUUUUAGUAUAAAGUUUGUACUUUUGACAGACACAACGCCCUAAGAGAUGUUUUAUCACAUCUCUUUGGAGCAUGAAAUUCUCCUCCAUCCAAGGUACUUCGGACCCAACCUUUUGAACACGGUCAAACAGAAGCUUUUCACAGAGGUGGAGGGGACGUGUACGGGAAAGUAUGGUUUUGUCAUUGCAGUAACUACAAUUGAUAAUAUCGGAGCUGGUGUGAUUCAACCUGGCAGAGGUUUUGUGUUGUACCCUGUCAAAUACAAAGCAAUUGUAUUUCGUCCUUUCAAAGGAGAAGUGGUGGAUGCUGUUGUCACACAAGUUAACAAAGUUGGGCUCUUUACCGAAAUUGGCCCCAUGUCUUGUUUCAUUUCUCGUCAUUCUAUUCCCUCUGAGAUGGAGUUUGACCCAAACUCAAAUCCUCCCUGCUAUAAAACAGUUGAUGAGGACAUUGUGAUCCAACAAGAUGAUGAAAUUCGACUGAAGAUUGUGGGAACUCGAGUGGAUAAGAAUGAUAUUUUUGCUAUUGGAUCUCUUAUGGAUGACUAUUUGGGUCUUGUCAGCUGAUCCUUCAGCCAAGAAUUUUGGAGCCUAAUUCUGUGGUGAUGACAGUUAUUUUUGUUUUGUAUAUACUGUAAUUGUGUCCUCAUGCAUUAGAAGUUAUGCAUAGUUUCUUGCCUUUUUUAAACAUUAUCUUUUAUCCUCUCAUUGUCUGUUUUUUACAUUUGGAAAAUCAUAUACAGUAUAAUGGGAACAAAAUGUAACUCAGCAGUGAUUCUAAGUAAUGGAAAGACCUGAAAAUGGAGAGUUUAAUUUAUGAGGCAGCAGAGAAAGCAAUUGAUUUAUUUACUAGGACUUUUUGGAAAACACGUCUAGAGAUGACAAUGCUGUCAUUCAUCACUUGCUUUUAGAAUAUGCUUUUUGUAAAUUUCGAUGUGCCCUUGCACUGUGAUAUAUAUUUUUUUCUUUUGUAAUACAAUACACACCACAAAAGGUU